CGACAUCGUCGAUGGUGUUGAUGUGAUCCAUGCCGCGGAAUCACGCAACUGCAGAUAUUAAAUAUUAUUCCUCUCCUCCACCCCGACAGCCGAUCAAUACUAAACCGACACCCGUCUGCGACAACCGACUCGAAUUGGAUAUAUUCGCCCCCUCAGCAUAAGAAAAUGGACUCUAUACACUUAUUUCCAACGAGAAGAAAGCCCAGGCAAUUAAAAUAUCAAGAAAAUGGUCUCCGACAGUAUCAAGCAACCCAAUCUGGUCAUUUUCAUGCCAGAUCAACUCCGCUACGACAGUCUAGGAUACACAGCACCAGACAAAUCCUUCCUCAAAACCCCCCAUAUUGACGCCUUCUCGAAUAGAGGCACCCUAUUCACCAAUUGCUUCGUCCAGGCCUCAGUCUGCUCUCAGUCCCGUUGCAGUAUGUUCACCGGGACCUACCCCCAUGUCAGCGGCCACCGCAGUCUCGACAACCUGAUCAAGCCAUGGGAACCGAAUGUUCUCCGCAGUCUCAAGGAAAACGGAUACCAUGUUGCCUGUCUGGCUCCGCGAGGAGAUACAUUUGCGCCUACCGUGACGGAGAUGAGUGUCACUGAGUACGGAUUUCUAGAGACUCCGGAAUACGUGCCCCAGUUCGCAGGGCAAAAGGGUGAAAAGGACGAGAGUAUCUGGGGGAGACUGUUCUACAAAGGUCUCCGAAACCCAAAUGAAGCUAUGGACUAUGAUGACGCAGUUGUUCGAUCUGCGUUGCGCUGGUUGGAGUGUCCUCCCGACGAUAAGCCGUGGGUAUUGUUCAUGCCAUUGAUCUUCCCUCACUGCCCAUUCCAAGUCGAGGAACCUUAUUUCUCCAUGUAUAAGCGGGAAGAAAUGCCAGAGAUCAUCUCUGAUCCGGCCAAGAAAACCGGCCAUGAACCACGUUACAUGGCUACGAUCCGGGAACAAUACGGUACUGCGCGUGCCACGCCUGAGAUAUGGCGAGAACUCAAAGCCACCUACUACGGGAUGAUCUCACGAUUAGACGACCAAUUCGGACGAGUGGUAGCUAAACUGGAGGAACGAAAUCUGUGGAAAGAGACAGUAACCUUCUUCUUCACUGAUCAUGGUGAGUAUCUGGGGGACCACGGCCUGAUUGAGAAGUGGCCAGCGGGCUUAUCAGAUUCCCUCGUCCACGAGCCACUGAUUAUUGCUGGUGGUGGACUACCCGAGGGUCAGCUAUACAACGGUAUGGCAGAAAUGGUCGAUCUAGUUCCCACCAUUUUGGAUCUGUGCGGUAUCCCAGAGCAUUUCCCUCAUAAUGGCCAGUCUCUCGUACCUGUCAUCAAAGACACACAAGCAAAACAUAAAGAAUAUGCUUUUUCUGAGGGAGGAUUCCUCACUAGCGAAGAACCCCUACUCGAACAAGCACCAUAUCCGUAUGACAUCAAGUCUGGAUUACAACACGACGACACAACCCUAGUGGGCAAAGCGAUCAGCAUCCGAAACAAAGAAUGGACAUAUAUCUAUCGGUUGUAUGAGCCAGCAGAGCUCUACAAUCGACAGAAUGACCCCGAAGAACUGCACAAUCUCGCAGCGGAGCCAAAGUACGUCCCUAUAUCGAGGAUGCUGGAGGCGGAGGUGCUGAGAUGGCUGGUUGAGUCGUCUGAUUUCUUGCCCUGGGAGAAGGAUCCUAGGUUUCCGGAUGUUGAUCUCAAGUCUCCGCGGGAACAGAUGGAGGAACGAUUGGCAAGGAGGGGGGCUUGAUGGUCUAGAGUGGCAGUAGUGCAUUUUCAGAUAUCUGGAUGGUCUUGUCAUUUUCCAAUUAUCACGGCCUAGAUACAGGAGAAUUGAAAGCGCAUUGUCCACCAAGCCUCAACCACCCCUCCAUCUGUUUAUAUGGAGACUUGAGAUCAACCUCUGGGAGGCAUACAUGGAUUCUCCUUCUAUUCCAAACAAAUUCCAGUUGUGGAAGCAUUCCACCGCUACUCCAGACA